CAGGUUCAAAGAGGAUUAAUAGAGCAUUAAAGAAAUCUGCUGUACCAAGUGUAUUUUCCUGGACAUGUCCAGCCACACUACUGAAGUCAAAAGAACGCAAAGACCGGUAUGAUAUAAGGGCUUCGCGAAAGAGGAAACUUUUUAAUGAUCUCACAAACAUGAACUCGAGUGAAUACGAUUCAGAACCAGAAUUUAUUGCCACAAAACUUGACAUUGUUUGUGAUGACCUUGCAGUUGGUGCAUGUGAAGAAGUAGUUCCUAUGGAAACAGAUUAUGUAGAUGAAGACACAGGCAGUGAACAGUAUGAACAUAAGAAAGUUGAUGCUGAGGUACAAACGUUGAAAUCCCCAGCAUUCAGCAUUUACAACUUUGAAAAUGAUCCAGCAGCUAUACAUUUUUAUACUGGGUUAGAGAACUAUUUGAAGUUCCUUUUUGUUCUAAAUACCCUUGGUCCUGCUGCAUUCUGUUUAAAUUAUGUAUACCAUGCCGUUGAAAAUAUAAGUGUACCAGACCAGUUUUUCAUGGUUUUAAUGAAGCUCAGAAGACACACAACUAACUUUGAAUUAUCAAGGAUGUUUGGCAUAGCAGAAAGUGUAAUUUCAAAUAUUUUUAUCACAUGGAUAAUUUUUAUGGAAAAACAAUGGAAGGAACUUAAUAUUUGGCCUCCAAAGGCCCAAAGCCUUGUUAAGCACUUUUCCCCAAAUAGUUUUAGGAGGAAUUAUCCUAACACAAGAGUUAUAGUAGAUGGCACAGAGUGUCCCAUUAAAAAACCUAAAAACCCGACUUCACAACAGGCCACCUUUUCCACAUAUAAAAACAGAAACACCAUUAAAGUUCUUGUUGGCGCAACUCCGGGUGGCCUGGUGUCAUUUGUAUCUGAAGCAUACGGAGGUUCGACCAGCGAUAGACAGAUUGUUGAGAGGAGUUCUCUUGUGAAUAUGUGUUCUCCAAAUGAUAGCAUAAUGGCUGACAAAGGCUUCAAUGUCCAGGACAUAUUCGCACCGCAUGAUAUUCACAUAAAUAUACCAACUUUCUUUAAAAAAAAAAACAGAAUUUCAAAUCAAACAGUUAUAAGAGACCGGAAAAUUUCAAGCAAGCGUGUGCAUAUUGAAAGGCUUAUUGGACUUGCAAAAACAUAUAAGAUUUUGAAGGAACCCAUGACUGCCACUGAAACCAAAUUCUCUUCUCAAAUUGUUUUUAUUUGUUUCAUGUUAUGUAAUUUCAGGCAUAGAAUCGUAUCCUCAUCAGCAUAAUGAUUUGAUUGAGUAGAAUGGAAUUAGAAUAACAAGUACCCAUAUUGUACUGGACUGCUAAUAAUAUUUAGUAAUAUGAUUAGGAAAAUGGCAGGCGCAGUUUAUAUAAUUCCCAUUAGUGUGAUAUUCUUAAAAUUCUUAAAAUGACAAUUGUGCAGUUGAACAUGCUUAAGCAGUAAACACUUUAUUUUGCAAUCACUCUUAUUAAGGAAUAUCCUGUGUUAAAGAACCACUUAUUAAGUCACUGUUGAUUUCAGUAAUGGCAUAGGAUAGUUUUCAUUGUGCAUACAAUUUCAUGAUGAUUGUUACUUUUAUUCAUAUAACUUUUGAUUAAAUACACAUUGAACAUUGUUACAUUUGCAUGUAGUUAGUUUACAGAAUGCACAAUCCAGAACUAUCUUGAACUGAAAGAUUUGAAACCAAAAUCAAAGGACUUUACUAAAAUUUGUUCUUUAAAUUUUAUUUAACAUAACUUAUAUUCAUCUUUUUGUAAAUGUAGCAUGCCUCCAUAUUUGUUUGGAUAAUAUUUGAUAACUUAAAUACUAUCUACAGAAAUAAUCCAUAAAUUAUGAAUGGAGAAAAAUUAUCUUUGACUCACUCUUAGUCUACUUAUAAUGGAAUUUGGAUAAGAAUUGUGUAAAUUUUGUCAUAUUUUGCAUAGCACAUUGAAAUAUAAAAAUAACACUAACAUUGUUUUUUCUAAGGUAAUAUUUUGACAGGCUGAAUUUCAAUCAUAUGGAGACAUGUCACUUAAAAAGUCUUAAUAUUCAUGUGUUCACCUUUACAUUUGCUGUCUUGCUUAAAUAUUUGAGCCGCGUCACGACAAAACCAACAUAGUGGGUUUGAGACCAGCAUGGAUCCAGACCAGCCUGCACAUCCACGCAGUCUGAUCAGGAUCCAUGCUGUUCGCUAUCAGUUUCUCUAAUUGUAAUAGGGUUUGUAAGCGAACAGCAUGGAUCCUGAUCAGACUGCGCGGAUGCCCAGGC